GUUUUUCAUAGCUUCUUUCAGUUUCCGCAUCGUUAUUGCUUAGUGAAAAUCAUCCUCAACCAAGCCCUGUCUAGAUAUCGACUUACUUUACCAACACACAUCUAACCACAAUGCCCACCAUCAGACUGCAGUCGUCGGACGGAGAAAUUUUUGAUACCGACGUCCAGAUCGCAAAAUGUUCUGGCACCAUCAAGACGAUGCUGGAGGAUCUCGGCAUGGACGAAGGAGACGAAGAAGUGGUUCCGCUGCCGAACGUUAACUCGGCCAUCUUACGAAAGGUGCUGCAGUGGGCGACCUUCCACAAAGACGAUCCGAUCCCGGUGGAGGACGACGAUAGCAAGGAGAAGCGCACGGACGACAUCAGCUCUUGGGACGCCGAUUUCCUGAAAGUAGACCAGGGAACGCUCUUCGAGUUGAUCCUGGCGGCUAAUUACUUGGACAUCAAGGGCCUACUGGAUGUGACUUGCAAGACGGUCGCCAACAUGAUCAAGGGCAAAACCCCGGAAGAGAUUCGCAAGACGUUCAACAUCAAGAACGACUUCACUCCCGCUGAGGAGGAACAAGUCCGCAAGGAGAACGAGUGGUGCGAGGAAAAGUAGUUGGCUACAUUUUUUUAUUUUUAGUACUGGCUGAACCUACAUCCGCUUACACUUAUAUGUCGAUAUCGAUUUACUUUAUAAGGGACUCGUUAUCCCAUACAGUGCGAUACAUUUCUGCUCUGAGUAAUAAACAGGUUUCUUUAACAACAUAGCAAAAAAUCUA